UGGGGCCCUGUUAGACAAAUGUUGAUGUAAGCAACAUUCAGGACCGACAGUACCUUGUCAUCUGAUCACAAUCGAUUCGGGAUCUCUUAUGGUAUUGACACUUGGCUUCGCAUUGCUUACACAGCCAGAUAUGGUCAGAAUGUGACUCUUUCUGUGUUAAAACCUAGGAAAAGCAGUAUGCUGCUUUUUUGCACGCAGCCCGCUUUUUUUGCCUAUAUCAAGCAGUCGGAGUACGUGGUCAACUGUUUUUCGGCAAUUAUUAUGGGAGAGAAGCAAAGAAAUGGUGAUGAUCGCAAUAAAGCUAGGGUAUAUAUUAGAACACAAUCUCAGCAAUUGCUAUGAGUAUUGCAUAAGUGGGGACAAUAUGAGUGCUUUGUCUGCGGGUGUUUCCAUCGGCCAAGGGUGUUCCAAAGCACACCAACCCCUUUGGGCGGCUAGAUCAUGUGACUUGGGAAUGAAAUAUGGGGUAGGAGAGUGGAAGACAGCAAGUCGAUUCUGCCAUGAUAUUCCGCCUCGGAGUGGGAUUAUAAUAUCUAGAAUUAUUCUUAGGACGAGCUGGCUGCACAAGCAAGCCGGCUUCCGCGCCCAUAAGAUAGUAUCUAGUAAUAUAUUUCUUAUCUCUUUAAUAAUAUAUAUCAAAGAAAUUAAUCUUAUCUAUAUAUAUAAAAGUUAG